UACAGAUGCGGCAAACUCCGACACAGAAUUUGGAAUCUCUCACAAAUAUUUCCUUAGUGUGUAUCCUGGGCCUUCACCAGCUGGAUCGAUGCUUCACAAACCAGGAGUGUGACCGAGCUCUGGAGCCUGAAAAAUUAUUGCUAAUAUCAUUACUUCUUAAAUGCAUAUCACCACCCACCAGUCAAUAUUCUCUGGGAGGUUUGCAAACCAGGCAUUAUUAAAGCUAUGACAGAUACUAGUUAAAAAUUGACAAUAAGGAAUGCAAGACAGCAGCCAAAAUAGAAAUCCUGCCUUUCCUGGCAAUGAAAAUUUCAUAAAUGGAUCCCAGCUCAGGUGACAAGCCAGGAUAAGUCACAACAGCCAAACUGAUAAACUAUGGAUUGAAUAAAAAACCUGGCAACCCCCCUCCCCCAUGAACAAUGGUUUUCCCUUAACUAUAUAACUUGGGGGAUAACGAGGAACACCACCUUUUACAACCAGAAGAAGCAUUUCAUGCCACCUUGCCUUCCAAAACUUUCUACUGCUCAUCCUUGCACAAUGGAUUGGUGCCCCAACUUCACCUGCUUCUCAGUCACUACUUCAGCAGAAUCCAACCGGACAGGCUCCAGCUCUCUCCUGGACCACCCUGGUGCCCAUGGACCCUUGUCUAUCUUUAGCGUCCUCGUCUUGACUCUGUUGGCCAUGUUGGUGGUUGCCACUUUCCUCUGGAACGUGCUAGUCCUGGCAACCAUAUUGCGUGUCCGCACUUUCCACAGGGUUCCUCACAACCUGGUGGCCUCGAUGGCCAUCUCGGAUGUGAUGGUGGCCGCCUUGGUGAUGCCUCUCAGCCUGGUCCAUGAACUCUCCGGGCGGCGCUGGAGGCUGGGGCGGAUCCUGUGCCAGGUGUGGAUCUCCUGCGAUGUGCUGUGCUGCACGGCCAGCAUCUGGAACGUCACGGCCAUUGCUCUGGACCGCUACUGGUCCAUCACUCGCCACCUAGAGUACACUCUGAGGACCCGCCGGCGCAUCUCCAACAUUAUGAUUGCUCUGACGUGGGUCCUCUCGGCCAUCAUCUCCCUGGCUCCAGUGAUCUUUGGCUGGGGGGAAACUUACUCGGAGGGCAACGAGGAAUGCCAAGUCAGCCAGGAACCCUCUUACACCAUCUUCUCUACCUUUGGGGCUUUUUACCUGCCCCUCUGCGUAGUGCUCUUUGUCUACUGGAAAAUCUACAAGGCAGCCAAGUUUCGCAUUGGAUCCCGGAAGAGCAACUCCAUCACUCCUAUCACACCUGAAGCCCUGGAGGUGAAGGAAGCCUCUCAGCAGCCGCAGAUGGUGUUCACCGCCCGGCACGCCACAGUCACCUUCCAGACGGUCGGAGACACGUGGAGGGAGCAGAAAGAGAAGAGAGCUGCCCUUAUGGUGGGCAUCCUCAUUGGGGUGUUUGUGCUGUGCUGGAUCCCCUUUUUCAUCACAGAACUCAUCAACCCCCUCUGUUCCUGUGACAUACCCCCACUCUGGAAAAGCAUUUUCCUAUGGCUCGGCUAUUCCAAUUCUUUCUUCAACCCUCUGAUCUACACGGCCUUCAACAAGAACUACAACAACGCUUUCCGGAACCUCUUCUCCAGGCAGCAGUAAGCGAGUUGCAUGGAGGAGGAGGAGGGCAA